CAGCCUCUCUUCCUUUGUUAGAAAGGCAAAAUUGCCAUUUUUGAGGCAAAAAAAAAAACAAAGACUUGAUUUGCCAUUUGCAGCUGUCUCACCUCAGCCACAGCUGCCUGUGGAGCUCUCCCACAAGGGCAGGUGGGCUGAACGUGUCCCGUGGGGAAAAUGCACCUGAUCCCACCUGGGAAGAGAUGGAGACUGCGGGCGGGAUGCUCAGGGCCACCGUCCGUGCUCUGCCACGGAUCCCUCCUGCUUUUUGUGCUGCUGGAUCUGCUCCUGCAGGGAAAACCUCUGCGAGCUGCUGCUGCUGACACGAGCCGUGGGUGCAGCUUCCGCACGGAAAAUCCACACAGCUGGGAUGUGGGAGCAGGGAAUGAGGGCAGCGGGGAGGGAACAGGAGCCAGCAGAGGCUCUGGCUCUGCGGGGACACAGACAGAGGGUGUCCCGACAGCUGCGGGCUCGUUUUUCCCUUCUCUCCAAUCAAAACAGAGUUUGUGCCUUUUUAUUUGUCCGUUUGUUUUCCACGCGAAAAUAAUUCCGAACAAAGGCUUUCCCAGAAAAAUGAUGCGAGACUUCUCCUUGGCAUUCCUGGAAGCGAUGAAUCACCUCGCUCCUUUUUUGGGGGUCCCGGCGGCGAGAGGCGCGACCCGGUGCGACAUCCGCGCUCGGGCUGUGCCACCUCCUGGUGACAGCGGGCGGUGCAUCCCUGCAUCCCUGCGUCCCCGUGUCCCUGCAUCACUGCAUCACUGCAAACCUACAUCCCUGCGUCCCUGCAUCCCCGUGUCCCUGCAUCACUGCAUCACUGCAACCCUGCAUCCCCGCGUCCCCUCAUCCCUGCAUCCCCGUGUCCCUGCAUACCUGCAUCCCUGCGUCCCUGCAUCCCUGCAUCCCUGUGUCCCUGCAUCACUGCAUCACUGCAACCCUGCAUCCCCGUGUCCCCGCAUCCUCGCAUCCCUAUGUCCCUGCAUCACUGCAACCCUGCAUCUCUGUGUCCCCACAUCCUCGCAUCCCUGUGUCUCUGCAUCCCCACAUCCCUGCCUCCCCUCAUCCCUGCAACCCUGCAUCCCCGCGUCCCCACAUUCCUGCAUCCCCUCAUCCCCAUAUCCCUGCAUCCCUGCAUCCCUGCAUCCCCACAUCCCAGCCCAGCCCCCCUCCCCCGGUCUGCAUCGCCAGGACUUUCUGGUUUUGUUACCCAACUGA